AUGUCGGAUGAUGACGAGUUCGAUCUGCCAAACGCCGAAGAGUACUUCACGGCACUAGAGGCGAAAGUGACCACGACACACCCACAAUCACUUCCAGAGGAUGGUGCCAGCAGGGAAUUUGACGAUGACCUCGAUCAGGGCACUGCAGCACACGCCUGUCUAGGCCUGCCGGAAAUCUUGGAGAGGAUCAUACAGUUCGUCCCACCCCUGGAAGUAUACCGGCUUCAGCGUGUGAGCACAUUGUUUCGAGAUCUCAUCUCAAGAUCAAAACCAAUUCGGCGAUACAUGUACUUUGUGCCCGAGAAGUACUUCGUCCGCAGCGAGCUUAAUGAGCUGCUGGGGUUUCAGGAGUACUCGAAGCUGGGAGAGGCAAUUCGUCCCUUCCGAGUUCGCCUGUAUGCCCAUAAGGAUAAGAUCGGGGCCAGCGUUGAGAUCGAUCCUCACUGGUCCCUUUCGAACCUGAAGUGUCCACCCAAGGCCCUGUUUGCUUCGACCCGAACUUCUUCAUGGGGAACGAUUCUCAUCAAAGACUCAGUCGAUCCGUUGCACGUUGACCUGAAGCUAUGCGGUGGGGAUGGACCAUGGCCGGAUGAAUCUGUGUCCCAGCUGACGGGUCUCGUGACUUUGGGCGACUUGGUCACAGAGGCUAAGAGGCUGACAGAAGAGGCCUGGGAAUGGCGGAAAAGGACGCUGCAAGAGUGGCGCGAAGAAGAUAUAUUGUUGGGGUUCGAUAGUACCAGCUUCUGGUACGACGACGACAAUAGCGAAGAGGGCAGCGACGAUUACUCCGAAGACGAUUUCGAAGAUGCACUCGCCCAUUUUGCCGCAAGGUUCGGUGUGAAUCUUCCGACCAAUGCCGCAAUGAAUCCGCACGGUUGA